AUGUUUGCGCUCAGUGUGCAAACUGUGACUGCAGAGGAAGAGGAGGACAGAGCAGAAUCUCCAGGAUCCACUUCUUUGAACAGGGACUGGUCCACAGAUGAUCCUCAGUACUGGACUCUGAGCUACAAGGAUCCAGACCUGAAAGAGCUAUGUGGUUUUCUGCACAGUCAAGACUGGAGACUGGAGACUCCAAAGGUCCCUGGCAGGGUGAUCAGAGCUUCCAUAGAUAAAACCUGUGUCUCUGACGUCAAACUGAACACAAACGACACAAAGAAGCCAGACGUCACUGAAGACAACAUAAAGAAGCUGAGUGUCUCUGAGGACACCACAAAGAAGCUGGAGCCUCCAUCAAGCUUCAGACCUGAACUGCAAACUGAAUCUGCACGAGUCUCAUACAGGUUCAGGUGUCCUGGUCCAGGUAGGUUCCAGGGUUCUUCAACUGGACUGGUGUUUGUUGUGGAUAAGGAGGUGGAGCUGUUCUACAGGACCGUCCAAUGGGAUGAGAGCCUCCUCCAAUCAGCUGGCAAGACACCUGCAGGGCCUCCGUUCAGUAUCCAGUGUUCUGAGGCUGCUGUCUGUGAGCUCCACCUCCCACACUGUGAAACUAAGGAUGCGUUGCAGGUUAAAGGCCUGCUGUCUGUCGUCCACAUCUCUGAUGAUGGACUGAGCAUCUUGGAGCCUCAGGAGAUCACAGACACUCAUGUGGUGGUGAAGGUCCCUCACCUCUCUGUCUUUGGACUGGUCUGGGAUAUCUUUAAAAGAUUUCUGAACAUCACACUGCCAGUGGAGAGCCAUGUUCUGCUGUUCCUCCGUCCCCCAAGCAGAGGGCCCAGAGUACUUGAUGUAUUUCUGCUGCAGAACAACAUCCCUCUGUCAGAGGUUGAGGCUCAACAAAGACGUGCUGAACACAUCAUGGUCUCUUCUAACUGUCGUCUGGCUAUUGAUCAAAGUUACAGUGUCCACUGUGAACCCGAGGACUUAGAAAUACAGCCUGAGUGUGAGCAGUUUCGCUCAAAUUAUGGACCAAAUUACUUUCCAACCUUUGAAGUUUUCCUGACUUCAAACCCAGAGAGAGUCACUGUGAUGGUCCAAGACCAGGACAAGUCAGAAAUCUGGAAACGUAGUAUCCAUCUGACAGGUCUAAGAGGGGAAACUGUACAAAGAACUCUCCCAUCAGAGGACAGCCUCCCAUCAGAGGACAGCCUCCCAUCAGAGGACAGGCUGCUCUUAGUUCGGACACAGUUUAUUAGCAGAGUGUCUGAAUCUGUUCUAGACCAGCUUCUGGAUAAUCUUCUUGAGCGUGGUGUUGUCAAUGAUGAAGAAAUGCAGUCAGUGAGGGCAAAAAUCAGAGCAGACAAAGCUCGAGACUUGAUCGACACAGUGCGAAGAAAAGGAACUGAGGCCAGUUCAGUUCUGAUUGAUGCUCUCUGUAGGGUGGAUCCAUGCAUCUCCAGAGUGCUCAGAUUAAGAUGAACCAAAGACCAGAAACUGUGGAGUGGAGAAAACUCUGUUUACAUUCAUUACUAAUCUUUAAAUGAGAAGUUGUGUUAUUAACGUUUGUGUUUUUAAUAAGUGGACACUGAUCCUUAAAGUGAUUCACUCAAGUUUGGAAAAAAGGCCUCACACUGUGACCCAACAGAACUUCCAUUCACUAUAAAGUGCACUGCAUUUACAGUCCACCAUUUUAUUUGUGUGUGUAAAUUUAUUCACUAUACAGAG